CACACACCUGUGUCGGCUCUCAGGGUGGGAUGCUGCUGCAUUUGCUGGGGUGAGAGAGGUGUGGGACACGGCUUCCUGAGGGGGAUAUCCAGAUAUUUGUAUUCUGACCAUCAACCUAGGCCCUGGGCAUGUACAGGAAGUCAGGGGAACAUACAGUGCAUAAAGGAGACACCGUUCUGCCUCAGAGUUGGACACCUUCUCCCCUACUCCAUGUCAGUUUCCAACACAACUGCCUUCACCGAUCCCUCCACCUUCAUCCUGCUGGGCAUUCCUGGCCUGGAAGCAGCUCAUAUCUGGAUCUUCAUCCUCUUCUGCACCAUGUACGUCAUAGCCAUCUUUGGGAAUUUCACCAUCCUGUUCAUUGUGAAGACAGAGCCGAGCCUAAAUGGCCCUAUGUACUAUUUCCUCUGCAUGCUGACUGUCACUGAUCUGGUCCUGUCCACGUCCAUCCUGCCCAAAACGCUGAGCAUCUUCUGGUUCAAUUCCAGGGAGAUAGAUUUCAGUGCCUGCCUCACCCAAAUGUACUUCAUUCACUGCUUCUCAGUGGUGGAGUCUGGGAUCUUCAUGGCCAUGGCUUUUGAUCGCUAUGUGGCCAUCUGCCACCCCCUGAGAUAUUCCAUCAUUCUGACAAACGCUGUUGUGGACAAGAUUGGUCUGGCUGUGGUGCUGCGGGAUGGCAUUCUCGUAAUGCCACAUCCCUUCCUGGCGAGGAGGUGGCCAUAUUGCAGAACCAACAUCAUCCUGCAUUCAUACUGCGAGCAGAUGGCCGUGGUGAAGUUGGCCUGUGCAGACACCCUCAACAGUAGUUACUAUGGCCUCUUUGUGAUAUUCUCUGUGAUUGGUCUGGAUGUGUUUUUUAUCACUGUUUCCUACAUCCAGAUCCUCAGGGCCAUCUUCAGCCUCCCCACAAAGGACGCCCGGCUAAAGACUUUUACUACCUGUGGGUCCCACCUCUGUAUCAUAUUAGCCUUUUACAUUCCAGGUCUCUUCUCCUUCCUCAUGUACAGAUUUGGUCACAAUGUACCCCGGCAUUUCCACGUUCUCAUGGCCAAUGUUUACCUCCUGGUGCCCCCCAUGCUGAAUCCCAUCGUGUACGGGGUGAGGACCAAACAGAUACGGGACAGGCUGCUCCGGUUCUUUGCUCAUAAAGGGACUUAA